AACAACUGGACCUCUGUUCUUGGAAGUGGACUCGUGUGUGUGUGUGUGUGUGUGUGUGUGUGUGUAUGUGUGUGCAUGUGUGUUUAUGUUUUGUUUAGCUGUGUGUAUGUGAGUGUGUGUGUUCCCACAUGGCUUGCUACUACAUCGUGAUCAGUUCCACGCACCUCAGCAACGGUCACUUCCGAAACAUCAAAGGAGUUUUCAGAGGACCGCUGUGCAGGAACAGCAACAAGAACCUGGAUUAUGGUGAAAAAGAGAAAUCCUUGGCGAAGGCUCUGGAGGAUCUGAAGGCCAAUUUCUACUGUCAGCUGUGCGAUAAACAAUACUACAAACAUCAGGAGUUCGACAAUCACAUCAACUCAUAUGAUCAUGCACACAAACAGAGGCUGAAGGAGCUGAAACAGAGGGAGUUUGCUCGUAACGUGGCCUCCAAACUGAGGAAAGAUGAACGGAAACAAGAACGAGCCCUGCGGCGGCUGCACAAGCUGGCAGAACAGCGGAGGGAGGUUCAAUGUGCUCCAGGAAGUGGCCCAAUGUUCAAAUCUACUACUGUGGCCGUGGAGAGUUUCAGCAAAUCCUGCCUAAUGGAGCACGAGGAAAAUCAGAACAUGAUAGAAAAGGACGCCGGAUCUCAGUUGCUGUGGCCAUAUCGCGAAAAAUCCAAGAAACAAACGUUCAGGCGCAAAAUAGCGUUCUCCUUCUCCUUUCCAAAGAAAACCUCGCUGAAGCUGGAGGCUUCUGCUGCAGUUUUCUGCGAAAGUGCAGAGGAGAAGAAACUGAUGAAAUAUCAUGAUGAUGUUGAUGAUGCACUUUUACAGCCACAAAGUUCUCCAAAGAGUUCCUUAAAAGACAGAAUCCCCGCUUCAGAUAUGUGUGCUUUCCUGGUUUACUCGGAAGACACCUCCCUUUCUCCGAUUACCCACUUCCAGACUGAAAAAGGAUCUGAUCCUAACAUUGAUCCCAACUCAGAAGAGAGAAACAUCACUGAGCAGAAAGAUGAGAGCAGUCAAGAAUGGACCCACAAUUCAAUAACAGACCCUCCAGUAGAACCAACCCAUGACAUUUCAUUAGAUGUUUCACCCAGCAUUGAUAAUUCAUGUGAAACCCAAGAACAAGCCAAUCCAUGUUCCACAAAACCCGGCCCACCUUUCUUCUCAGUCCUUGGCAGAGAUGAUAAAACCAUCUUCCAAUGGCCUUCAGAGAUGGUGUCCUUUACCAGGACAGAGCCAUCUAUCUCUUUUAGCUGUAACCCCCUUCAUUUUGACUUCAGGAGGUCCCAGAUCAGGCAAAGCCCUGAUGUUCAGGCCACAGCUGAGAGCAAAACUGACAAGGAAUCAUUCAUCAUUUCAGAAAACAGCCCACAGAAGACACCCUGUUGUGAGAGAAGCACUGGGGAGACCACUUAUAGACCUGAAAAAAAGCCUAGAAAGUACCACCUGUAUUCCAGCAGUACAGAAAGCUCGUGUGAAAGGCAGAAAUCACCCAGCAGAUGCAGAGGUUUAAAUAAUUGUAGCCUUGUAUCUCCUGCUGGUAAGAGAGUUGAGGACAAAUUGCAAGCCAGAUAUCGACACCAUUCUAGGAAUCGGCACAAAAAGAAACACAGGAGGAGAAGCAGGAGGGAGGAGAAUCGCAGCAAGCCGGAGCGGAGCGAAAAUGUAAAAAAAGGGACUAAAUUCCACAGGCGAGACUCAAGCCGUGAAGGAUUUGAGAGCCAAUUUAAAGGCUUCACUUCACAGCAAGCGCAGCCAUUAGAAAAGUCAAAGCCAUUGUCUCAAAAUCAGGCUGCGAACAACAGCAUUACUUCCUCAGCGGGAGGCAUAAACGGCUCUGUUGAAGCCUGUAACCACCGCGGUAAGGUAGCGGAUAACACGGAGGAGAUGCCAGACAUCCCUCUUGCAGAGGAGACGACGAUUAUCGGAUGUGACUCAGACCGUCUCAACAAGACUCCUUCUGAUUCGGAAACAUCAGCAGCAGAUCAAAUCAGCCGAGGAACGACUAUCUUAGAAGACGAACAAGCAAAACUAAACUUGCACAGGGACCAGGAUUCACGGUCGGAUCUUUCACAACACGUUAACUUCGAAUGUUUGCCUUGCCCAAAACAACCAGGAUCCAGUCAGACCCAACACCAUAAUAAUGAUAAUCCAGAUGUUCCAGUUUCUGAAGCAUCAGUCUCAGAUCAGAGCAGCAAGAGGUUGGCAAUUCCAAUAGAUGAAGAUCCACAACCUCUAGAAGAGGCACCAAAGAAACGACCAAACGUCUCACUGCAUGAUACGGAUGAUCCUUUGGCGUAUCAGUGCAUUUACUGUGAGGAAAUCAAGACAAAACAAGACACAGAAGAGAAUUCGUUUUGUCCUGAACAUGGACAAAAGAGAAAAAAACUGGACCUUAGUGAGACUCCACACCAUGGACAUCAAAAUCCAGAUCAAGGUCCUGAAGACAAGGUGAUUGAGACCACAUCAGCUGAGCCAACUGGGGAUACUCUUGAUUUGCAAGGGAAAAGUGACUCCUCAAAGAUCGAUGCUUCGAACCCGGUCUCAUGUAGUGUAAACGAAAAAGACAGCACCAGUGUUGAUUUCCCGCUUCUGAAUACUAUUAGCGGCAAGGCAUGUCAGGCGUCUGCAGAUAAUAGCCGCCUCCAGAUGAUCCUUCCCCCCGCUCAGAGGAAAGACAGCCAUCGGGCCAAACCUUCGGGAGAUCCGCAGCCUCCAGAGAUCCAAACAGACACAAAGCAGAUCGGCACAACACUCAUCGUCGAGUCAAGAGCGGAGCAGGGAUCAGACAAGGACUGGAAAUCAAGCAGGAAGAUAAAAGAGAAAACCAGUCAUGAUAAAUCCUGCCAGCACAGUCCACAGUUACCAAGUUUCCAUCUUCUAGACAAGGAAAGACUCAGCCUGGAGGGUUUCUGUUCCAUCCAGAGCCCGUUCAACACCACACUGUGUUUUGCUUCCCAACUGGAUGGCGUGGAGUGUCACGAUCUCCUUUACAGCCACGCCCGCAGACAGAUCAUGCACCCGAAAGUCUUUCCUACGCGGCUCAAACCCGUAUUAGCCAGAUCCACCAUUCCUGUCUCGUCGCCUAUCCUUCACCGGGUUCACCUGCCCUCUGCGGUGCCCUCCAGUUCUAUCAGGAUCCUACAACACCACGCCACCUUCCUUGCCGCUCAGCAGUCGCUUUUCCCACAGGUCGUACCUGUCACCAGACUUCCGCUCGGCCCCGAAAUCGCUCCGUACGUGACGUCUUCACAGGUGUCUAUGGUGGCUCCGCCCGCCGUCCAUCCUACAGCCGUGACGUUUCACGCUUUACCUCGGCCUCAGGUGUUUCGGCCGGUUUUGCAUCACCCCGCCCCGUUUCCGCCCCUCCUUCCACCUCAUGCCACCGUCAUCCCCCUCCAGCCUCUGUUUUGA